GUCGCCUCCAAGCCCAUCAUCGAACGUAUCACCAUUCCGAGCAGUAUCAUCGAAGACAUCUCUGCGCACACGAAACGACUCCCACGAUAUGCACUCCGACCCGCUACACAAUUCGAAUCAACAUUCUUUGGCCACUACAAACUAACACACAUUUACAGCCAAUAUGGGAAAGGGAAAGCCAAGAGGUCUUUUGGCCGCGCGCAAGCUCCGCAACCACCGCCGUGAGCAGCAGUGGGCAGAUCUUCACUACAAGAAGAGACUGUUGGGUACCGCAUACAAGUCCUCGCCAUUCGGAGGUUCUUCUCACGCCAAGGGAAUUGUCCUCGAAAAGGUUGGUGUUGAGGCCAAGCAGCCCAACUCCGCCAUCCGAAAGUGCGUGCGUGUGCAGCUCAUCAAGAACGGCAAGAAGGUUACUGCUUUCGUGCCAAAUGACGGUUGCUUGAACUUCGUCGACGAGAACGACGAGGUCCUGCUCGCUGGUUUCGGUCGUAAGGGAAAGGCCAAGGGUGAUAUUCCUGGUGUGCGAUUCAAGGUUGUCAAGGUUUCUGGUGUUGGUCUCAGCGCACUCUGGAAGGAGAAGAAGGAGAAGCCACGUUCAUAGACGAUCGAUACAUGGACAACGGCUUGCGGGAAUCAUCAGGCGUUUGAAGAGCGGCAUCAUCAUGAAGACAAUGGUGUACUUCUAGCUUGGCCUUUUGCAGGACACACUGCCACGCGCACCGCAGAGGCUGACGGCUAUGCUAUAAGAGCUACGCACUAUGGAAUGAGAAUCUGACAUCCGCUGAUCAGUGUCAAGUGAACGCUCAAGCGCGGACAUAGACCGUACCAGAUGACAUACGUCGAUGAAACUCAUGUCUCCCGUCUUCUCUUAUUCUGCCC